GAUGCGCAUGCGCGGACCGACGCUGCAGCCUGACUGACAGCUCCCAGUGAUGACGCAGUUCCGCUGGAGUUCCUCCGCAGCCUGAGAGUGACAGGAGCCGGUACCGGGAGGCGGACAGUGGGACCCCAGGAACAUGGCAUGCACCCUGCUGGAGUUCUGCCGCUUCCAAGAUACCAAGCCCGUCCGGGACUUCCUGUUCCCAGAGCUCCGCGAGGAGAAGAAGAGCUCGGAUAAUUUGGCUAACUGGCAGAAUGAAGAUUGGGGUGCUUGGGAAGACAAUGACAACAAAGUGCCUGAAGAAGAGGAAGCCUCUGGCACAGCACCUAAUUUCUACUGGCUGCAAGACUGUGUCUUGUCCUUGUCACCUACUAAUGAUUUGAUGGUGAUAGCACAUGAACAGAAAGCAGUGUUUUUAGCACCAAAAUGGAAGGCGAACGAGAAGGGAAGAGAGGACAUGCAGUAUGAGGUGGUCUGGAGCGGGUCUUUAAAUGCUGAAAACAGUGAAUAUAUCAGCAGCGCACUAUGCAUUCCAUUGGCAAGCCAAAAAAGGAGCUCUACUGGGAGGCCAGACUGGACAUGCAUUGUUGUAGGGUUCACAUCGGGAUAUGUUCGCUUUUAUACUGAGAGUGGCGUGCUGCUUCUAGCUCAGCUGUUAAAUGAAGAUCCCAUCCUUCAACUUAAAUGCAGAACAUAUGAGUUUCCCAGACACCCUGGUGUUACAGAACAGCAUGAAGAAAUGAGCAUCUUGUACCCUUCGGCAGUAGUGACCAUCGAUGGUUUCAGCCUUUUCCAGUCUCUUAGGGCAUGCCGCAAUCAAGUGGCUAGAGCUGCUGCUUCUGGCAAUGAGAACGUGCAGCCACCACCACUGGCCUACAAGAAGUGGGGCCUUCAAGAUGUUGAUUCUAUUGUUGACCAUGUUAGUGUUGGUGUCAUGGCGUUAUCUCCAUUUGAUCAGAUGAAGACUGCUUCCAUUUUGGGAGGUUUCAAUGCAGCCAUAAAGGGGAGUCCUCCCACCAUGUCCCAGUAUAUUACUGUGGGCUCCAAUCCAUUCACUGGCUUCUUUUUUGCACUGGAGGGCAGUACACAGCCAUUAUUAUCUCAUGUGGCCCUCGCUGUUGCCAGUAAACUCACCUCUGCUCUCUUCAGUGCUGCCAGUGGAUGGUUGAGCUGGAAGAGUAAACACGAGGAAGAGCCCCAGCAGAAACAGAAACCUAAGGUUGAGCCGGCCACUCCGCUAGCUGUGAGGUUUGGGCUCCCCGAUUCACGCCGUCAUGGAGAAAGCAUCACUCUUUCCCCUUGUAAUACUCUAGCAGCAGUGACAGAUGACUUUGGCCGAGUCAUAUUAUUGGAUGUAACAAGAGGUGUUGCAGUUAGAAUGUGGAAAGGUUACCGUGACGCCCAGGUUGGAUGGAUGCAGAUAGUAGAGGAUUUAAAUGAAAGAGAGUCGGAGAGGGGCCAUAUUUCCCCUUUUGGAAACACACAAGGACCUAGUAGGGUUGCCCAGUUUCUUGUGAUCUACGCCCCCAGGAGGGGUAUUCUGGAAGUGUGGAGCACCCAGCAGGGACCUCGUGUCGGGGCUUUUAAUGUUGGAAAACACUGUAGAUUGCUGUAUCCUGGAUAUAAAAUAAUGGGGCUAAACAAUGUGACCAGCCAGGGUUGGCAGCCUCAGACCUUCCAGCUGUGUCUGAUUGAUCCAGUAUCUGGCAAUGUAAGGACGGUUAACAUCCCAUUCCACCUGGCUCUCAGUGAUAAAAAAUGUGAACGUGCUAAAGAUAUACAUCUGGUAAAGAAACUCUCAACAUUACUGAAAGCCAAGGUUCCAAAUCACGAACGUCUGGAGGCAGAAGCCAAGGAAAUCAUUUUAGAUAUUAAAUAUCCGGCCACUAAGAAACAGGCAUUAGAACGCAUCCUUGCCAGUGAUCACGUGCCCCUCUCGACGCUGACCAGCAUUACACAGACUUUAAUGGAUUCUCUUGCAAGUCAAGAACUGGAGACUGUAGAUGAAGGGCUGUUUGCGUUCUGUGAGGAUAAACUCAAGCUGCUACGACUUUAUGAGUCUGUGAAAAAAAUAAACUGCGCUGUGAUGGAGGAAGGUUCUUCGCCUACAAAUAAUGAAUUGGCCACGUUACUAAGGCUGGACGAGGAAGAGUUAACCAGGUUGCAGGAUUUAAUCAAGAAUUACAAGCAGGAAAACCCUAGAGCUGGGGUGCGCUUCGCUGAAGAUGAAGAUGGUGUACUGCCAGCGAAGAUUUUUCUAGAGUAUCUGGAAUGUGACAAAAACUCAAUUAAUGUGAAGAAGAUUGAUGAAGAGGAGUAUAUAGCACUGGGUACUUUCUUCUUCUGGAAGUGUCUCCAUGGAGAAUGUUCUACGCAGGACAUGUGUGAGACACUAGAAUCAGCAGGCUUCAGCCCCCAACUAUUACUGUCUCUGCUGCUUAAAGUUUGGCUUUCCAAAGAACGGGAAAUCCUGGAGAAUGCACAGUCCUUGUGUUGCCUUCACAGUAUGCUGUCGCUUCUUAGCAAGAUGAAAGUGGCUAUCGAUGAGUCCUGGGAUCUGCAGUCAGUGUGCCCCUGGUGGCAGCAAAUGCGCACAGCAUGUGUCCAAUCUACAAGUAACGGGGCAGCUCUGUUAUCUGCUCAUAUUGGGCACUCAAUAGCAUCCUCUAUAACAAAUGCCCUUGCGGAAAAGAAGUUCCAGAAAUCAGCAGCAGACGAUGAUGGCGAGUUGAUGAUGGACUCAUGGGAAGCUCUCUCCCUGGAUACCGAGUACUGGAAACUCCUACUGAAACAGCUUGAAGAUUGUCUCAUUCUCCAGACACUGCUUCACUUCAAAGUAUUCAGGAAAAGUUCAAAAAUAUCAUCCCUCCAGGCUGAACCACUGGAAAAACUGUCUGUGAAGAAGCUUUUGGAAGGAGGGAAAGGAGGCGUUGCUGAUACUGUGGCUAAGUGGGUCUUUAAACAAGACAUCAACCCCGACCUUCUAAAACUAGCAAAAGAGAAGAAAGAUUGUGCAAAGCCAGCAGAGACCAUUGAAACGAGUAAUGCUGUCGCACUCUUUGAGCCACGUUCAGCAGAGUCUACAGAAGGAAUUCAAGAAGUGCUGAGCCAGGCGUACAGUCACUUCCCCUGCAGCCUGGAUCUGGAUGUGGUGCAUGCGCACUGCUGCUGGGAGUAUGUGGUGCAGUGGAAUAAAGAUCCGGAGGAAGCGCAGUUCCUUGUUCGUUCUGUCGAUCACUUGAAGCAUGUAGCUAAUGCACAUGUGCAGUUUGGCCUUUCUUUGAUGAUGUGGAAUACAUUUAUUAUAAAACGUUUCUCUGCCGCAGCGUACCUAAUGGAUAAGGUUGGAAAAGCCCCAAAGGACAGGUUGUGUAGAAGGGACGUAGGAAUGAGCGAUGCAGCACUGGUCUCCUUUCUUGGAAGUUGCUCAGAUCUCAUAGAGACCAUGAUGGAGGCUGAUGUGAGCAGUGAUGAGAUGGAAGUGCCAUUACUGGAUGUGGAAGAUGCCUGGGUAUCGGUGGAAGGGCCAAACUCUAUAGUGGAGAUUGCCCUGGAGGAAAAACACAUCCACUAUCCACUAGCGGAGCAUCAUUUCGUACUGUGUGCCAUCCUGUAUGCAAUCAUGAGGUUUUCUCUCAAAUCCGUUAAACCUCUCUCUCUUUUUGACAGUAAGGGAAAAAAUGCAUUCUUUAAAGACCUGACAUCAAUUCAGCUGCUGCCAAGCGGAGACAUGGACCCUGGGAUUGUUAGUCUCAGACAACAGUUUUUAUUGAAGAUGGUUAGUGCUGCAGUCCAGGUAUUGUUGAAAUCACAGAAUGCUGUUGGGUCAGAGGCAUCACCUCCUGAAAUUCCUGAAAAACAGGUGGACUGGCCCCGGCUGGCUAGAGAACUGGCAAAACAUCUUCAAGUAAAUGAAGAUACAAUAUGGCGACACUAUGUAUGCGAGCUGUAUAAUUAUGGUUUUGACCACAUUGCAGAAGAGGCCAUUCUCCAAGUGAUGGACCAGGAAGUGCUUGCGUCUCAGUUGCUGAUUCUCACGGGGCAGAGGUUGGCAUAUGCGCUACUACAUACUCAAACAAAGGAAGGGAUGGAGCUACUUGCUAGACUUCCGCCAACCCUCUGCACCUGGAUCAAAGCUAUGGACCCUCAGGAUCUUCAGAACACGGAAGUGCCAAUUAAAACAACCGCAAAACUGGUGGAUAAAGUGGUAGAACUCUUGCCUGAAAAUCAUGGCCAGUACGGGCUGGCGUUAAACCUGAUAGAAGCGGUUGAAGCCAUGUCUCUAUUGUGACCCCUCUUCAAUACCCACAUGAUGCAUGGCUAGUGUUUCCCAACACCUAUAACAUUUAUUGGUUAUGGAUCUAAGCUUUCAGGGCUUUGUUAAAUAAGCAGCCAUCAUGUCCGUGUUAGUCGCAUCUGUAAUUAAAACCGUUCAUUGUUAAUUGUCAAUCUACAUCUCUUGGAACAUGUUUAGUCUGUCACUAAAGGAUAUGCAACUAUAAUGUGAUACGAACAGGUGUUACAUGAAGAAUCCCUACUUAUUUAUAGUCUCUAUGUAUAACAAUCAGUGCAAUAGAUUUACACUUCAAUAUUAAAUAUGUGACUGGAGUAGUUUAACAACCUGCUAA